AUGACUCUUUGCAUCACAUCCUUCUGUGUCGUGCUUCGUCUUCUAGAUUUCCUUUCCCUCAGGCUUCUCUUUCACAGUCUGCUCCUUAAUAUAUUUCACAGCAUCACUGCUAUCUGUCUCAAAUUGUUGUUUGAUUCUCAACUUCACCCCGCCGACCCCGACGACUUUGCUUUGUUACCCCACUACACUGGCAGCCCCGCUCAGCACCCAUUUCUCCUAAACCACUCUCAAAAUGUGUUAUCUCGUCGUCGAAAGAUACUCGGUGUGCCGAUGUCUCUAUCACAAGCACAGCGUCGAUAUGUGUGCUGCAUAUGGGCAGCAAGGGCACGGAAUCCAGGAGAGGACGAUCUUGGUUGGAUACGCUUGCGAGAAGCACUCUGGUUAUGA